CGAAGGAAAGAAGAAAAAAAAAAACACGAUCGGUAAUGCCCUGCAGGUGGUGUCUUCCCCUCUCUCCUUCACUCGUCCAUGGGGCAGUGCCGCGACAGCAUCUCCGCAAUAAAGCCGACCGGAGGACGCGAGCCCACUGCAAACCCUUCCUCGCGCUCUGUCACGCGCACACGCGCACCUUCACCGCAGCUGAACGCCGCGUCUGUGCUGGAUCGCUCUCGCUUUUCUUUUUUUUAAAUGUCAGCACCGGUUUAGUGUCCUGUUAUCUAGUUCAAUUUGAUUACUUUUUAACGUUUGGUUAUACCGUAUAUUCUGUUUACGUCAUUAAAAUAUUUUUUUUUUCCUUGUUGAUUUUCUGCCCUCUAUGAAAUAUCAGUAACAUUAAUCCACCUAUCCUGGCAGGAUCCAUUUGCAACCCGUUAGACUAAAGUGAUUCAUUUCGUACCGGACCGGGGAAGCAAAAGUGCCCUUCGGAAGGAUUGAAACUCUUGCAGUCGGUAUCGGGAUACGCUUGCAUUUCGUUUCAGGUUUCUGCAGCGCAGACGCUGUCUUCGAGCACUGCGAGCCAGCGGGCACACUGCGGCGCUUAUAACCGCCCCGUUACCGGACAAACAAGCCGCGCGGAUGCCUCUCGCAGUUUAGGACUUUUCCUCACUCACUCCUCACUCGUUCGCGGAUUUGCACGCUGCCGCUUGGUGGUCACCUUGCCCCCCCGCCCCCCCCUUCCCCGUGUAAGAUGGAUAUUCCGUGGGCUUUCCUUCUUUUCGUCCUCGCCGCUCCGGUUUUCGGGGACAACGCGAGCGGUAAAGCGCGCAGCUGCUCGGAUGUCAGGCAGUUCUACAACGGCAAGGGCUUCAGCCUGAGCGGAGUUCCACAGACCGAGAUAUCUGGUGAGCACCUGCGAAUCUGCCCCCAGGGGUACACCUGCUGCACCAGCGAGAUGGAGGAGGAGCUGGCCAACAUGGGCCGGCGCGAGGUGGAGGGGCUGGUCAAGGAGGCGGGACGCUCCCUGCAGGCCUCCCUCAACGGGCAGUAUAAGAGCUUCGACAACCACUUCCUGGACCUGCUGAACCGCUCAGACACCCACCUGCAGGAGUCCUUCCGGGCGACGUACGGGGCGCUGUACUCUCAGAACGCCCGCGUCUUCCAGGACCUGUACGGCGAGCUGCGCCGCUACUACCGCGGCUCCAGCGUCAACCUGGAGGAGGCGCUCAACGAGUUCUGGGCCCGGCUGCUGGAGCGCCUCUUCAAGGCCUCCAACCCGCAGUACGCCAUGGGCGACGAGUACCUGGAGUGCGUGGCCAAGCAGACGGAGACGCUGCGACCCUUCGGCGACGCGCCCCGCGACCUGAAGCUCAAGGCCACCCGCGCCUUCGUGGCCGCCCGCUCCUUCGUCCAGGGCCUGGUGGUCAGCGGGGAGGUGGUGCGGAAGGUGUCCCAGGUGCCCCUCAGCGCGGAGUGCACGCGCGCCAUCAUGAAGCUCCUGUACUGUCCCCACUGCCGCGGCAUGGGCUCCACCAAGCCCUGCAGCAACUACUGCAGGAACGUGAUGAAGGGCUGCCUGGCCAACCAGGCCGACCUGGACACCGAGUGGAAGAACCUGGUUGACGCCAUGUUGCAGGUGGCCGAACGCUUCAACGGUCAGACCAGCGUGGACACGGUCAUCCUCACUCUUCCCGUUCGAAUCUCAGAGGCCAUUCUUACCAUGCAGGAGAAUGUGGAGGUCUUUACGAGCAAGGUGUUUCAGGCCUGUGGGAACCCCAGGGUGGCUGGGACUGGCAGCUCGGCGGCUGAGGACACCAGAAAGAGAGGGAAGACCCCCGUGGAGGACAGGAGCAGCGCCGCCACUGGGGCCAGGCUGGAGAAGCUGGUCUCUGAUGUGACGGCAAAGCUGAGGGACAUGCAGCAGUACUGGGUGCAGCUGCCCACGGCCCUCUGCAGCGAAAGGGUGGCAGCCGACCCGGCCAACGAGGAGAAGUGCUGGAACGGCAUGACCAGGGGCAGCUAUCUUCCUGAGGUGAUGGGGGACGGCCUGGCCAGUCAGAUCAACAACCCCGAAGUGGAGAUUGACAUCACCAAGCCAGACAUGACUAUCCGCCAGCAGAUCAUGCAACUCAAGAUUAUGACUAAUCGCCUGAAGAACGCCUUCAACGGCAACGAUGUCGACUUCCAGGACACCAGUGAUGAUGUCAGCGGAUCAGGAAGUGGAAUGUGCACAGAUGAGGUGUGUGCCCGUGGACCCCGCAUCAUCGUCCCCAACACAGACAGACCGAAACUCUACGCUUACCCUCCAGAGAACAAGAAGGUUGUCAAAGGCACAGGCAGCCAGAUCCACCCCUGCAUUGCCCUCCUCUUGCUCUCAUUGGCCACACUGCUGUUAAGGCGGUAAUUGACAGGCAAUGCCACCAAUCGGGACUGUGUAUGGGACUGGGA